AUGUCAAUCAAGACUCGUAAAAUAGCAGUUGUGGGAUCUCGCGCAGUUGGCAAAUCAUCAAUGACAGUGCGCUAUGUUGAGGAUCAUUUUGUUGAGAGUUAUUACCCCACGAUUGAGAACCAAUUUAGCAAAAACAUAACUUACAAAAAUCAAGAGUAUGCCAUUGAGGUAUUGGAUACAGCCGGCCAGGAUGAGUACAGUAUGAUGAAUGAAAAGCAUCUUGUUGGCAUACAUGGUUAUUUGCUUGUGUAUUCCGCCACGUCGCGGCAGUCCUUUGAAUUGAUUGAAUUUAUAAGAGACAAGAUACUAAAUUCAAUUGGUAAUGAGAAUAUACCCAUGAUUUUGAUUGGAAAUAAGCGAGAUCUAACGCAUCAGAGACAGGUUGAAGUAAGCGAGGGAGAGGAACUUGCUCGCAAGUUUAAAUGCCAGUUUUUGGAAACUUCAGUUAAAGAGAAUUACCAUAUCAACGAAGCAUUUGAAGGGUUAAUUGAUAGAAUUGAAAGGAUACAGAAUCCGCCUGUGGUGAAGAAGGAGGACAAAUGUGUAAUUAUAUAG